AUGUCUGUGCUGGCAGGCCUUCCUUCCAUGGGGUUUGGCAUCGGGCUGUCACCUCAAGUUGGCAUCGCACUCGCUCUCACUCUCGUUGGCAGCCUGAGCACGGCUCUUGGCGGUGCUCUCGUGGUGCUUCAAGCUGUGCCCGAUCUCAAGCGCCUCGGCCUCCUGCAGGGCUUCGCCAGCGGGCUCAUGCUGAGCCUCACGUUCUUCGAUCUCGUGCCCGAAGCAAUCGAGACCAUCGGCUUUCCUGCUGCCAACCUAUGGUUCUUUGGAGGAGCGCUUCUCUUUGCAACUAUUGUACACUUUGUUCCCGAGCCUUCCCUCGCGCCCGAGCCAUCUGUAGCUCCCGGGCCAUCCUCCGAACCUCUAUUAAAAUACUCAUCCGGUCUUGUAUCCGAACCUACCCUGCACAACUUCCCUGAAGGCAUUGCUGUGUUCCUGGGGUCCAUGAAGGUGAGAAGGAGUGAGGAGGAGUGCCUGCACAACUUCCCAGAAGGCAUCGCCGUGUUCCUGGGCUCCAUGAAGGGCCUGCGAGUGGGCAUCAGCCUGGCAGUUGCCAUAGCGCUGCACAACAUCCCAGAGGGCAUCGCAGUCGCCCUCCACAUCCACUUCAACACGUCCCCCCUUUGCUUCCCCUCUCCCCACCUCCUCCCCUCAGGGCCUGCGAUGGGAAUCAGUCUAGCAGUGGCCAUAGCGCUGCACAACAUACCAGAGGGCCUUGCAGUCGCCCUCCCCAUCUACUUUGGCACGCGAAGCCGCUGGGCUGCCUUCCGAGCCGCUGCUCUCUCCGGGGCUGCAGAUCCGCUGGGAGUCGUCUUUGUGGCUCUCUUCUUUCCCGCCUCACUCGCCCCUGACCUCAUCGAAGGGUUGCUGGCUGGUGUGGGUGGCAUCAUGGCGUUCCUCGUGCUGCAUGAAAUGCUGCCUCUGGCAUUUGAGUACGCGGGGCAUCGCAGGGCAGUGCAGGCCAUGUUCCUGGGCAUGGCUGUCAUGUCUGCCAACCUGCACCUCCUUGCACUCUCACUGCCACCGGACAUCUCUUUGUGA